CCUCUGACAUGAGGACGGCUGCUUCGCGAAUACUGGGCGCGGUGGCUGUGGGGCUUUUAUGGGCGGAGAAUGCGCAGGCUGUUGCUUUUGAACCUCGGGAGGAUCAGAAGAAAUGCAGGAGGACGACAGUCGCGGUAUUAGGCGGCGGAAUGGCCGGUAUCACAGCUGCUCAAGCUCUAGCCAAUCAGUCCAUCACCGACUUCCUCAUCGUGGAAUACAAUGGGGAAAUUGGCGGCCGAAUGAGACAUACGGACUUUGGAAAGAAGGAUGAUGGAAGCCCUUAUGUUGUUGAGCUUGGUGCAAAUUGGGUUCAAGGACUUGGAACCAAAGGAGGCCCCGAGAACCCAAUCUGGACUAUGGCAAAGAAGUAUAACGUCGCAGACGAGUAUUCGAAUUAUUCAUCGAUUCUCACGUACAACGAGACCGGGUACACGGACUACGCCAACUUGAUCGAUGAUUACGAUACUGCUUAUGCUGAGGUUGAGCAAUACGCUGGAGUGAUCCUCAAGGACAAUCUGCAAGACACAAGUAUGCGUGCUGGGCUUGGAUUGAAGGGCUUCAAGCCAAAGAAGAACAUGGCCGCGCAAGCUGCUGAGUGGUGGUCCUGGGACUGGGAAACCGCAUACCCGCCCGAGCAGAGCUCUCUCGUAUUCGGAGUUACAGGAAACAACGCAACCUUUUACCAAUUCUCCGAUGACAACAACUUCGUCAUCGAUCAGCGCGGCUUCAAUACACUAGUCAAAGGCAUAGCCUCGACCUUCCUGAAGCCAAACGACCCACGCCUUCUCCUCAACACCAUCGUCACGGAUAUCGCAUACGACAAAAAUGGUGUCACCAUCGCCCUACAAGGUGGCUCCUGCAUCUCUGCCGCCUAUGCCAUCUGCACCUUCUCGCUCGGCGUCCUCCAAAACGACGAGGUCUCCUUCACACCCGAGCUGCCCGACUGGAAACAGACUGCCAUCGCCGAGUUCCAGAUCGGCACCUACACGAAAGUCUUCCUCCAAUUCAACGAGACAUUCUGGGACCCAGACACGCAAUUCUUCCUCUACGCAUCCCCUACCACCCGCGGCUACUACCCCGUCUGGCAAUCCUUGAGUACAGAAGGCUUCCUCCCCGGCUCCAACAUCAUCUUCGCCACCGUCGUCGAGCGCGAGUCCUACCGCAUUGAAGCGCAAGACGAUGAGAUCACCAAAGCAGAAACUCUCGCCGUGCUGCGCGAGAUGUUUCCCGACAAGGACAUCCCAGAGCCCAUCGAUUUCUUCUACCCCCGGUGGACGGAGAUGCCGUGGGCACACGGAUCCUACUCCAAUUGGCCGGUCGGGACGACGCUCGAGGGCCACCAGAAUCUACGGUCGAAUGUUGAGCGGCUGUAUUUCGCGGGCGAGCACUGCAGCGCGGAGUAUUUUGGGUUCUUGCAGGGGGCGUAUUUCGAGGGUCAAGAGGCUGGAUUGAGGGUUGCGGGGAAGCUGGGGAAGAAGUGUAGGAACCAGGAUUGGGGCUGUGGGGAGUACAAGAGGUAUGAGGUUCUGCAUGGGACGACGGCGUUUCAGGAGUUUAGUCCCGUGAAUGGGUGGGAUGUUAGUAGUUUUUAUGUUGCUGGGGGAUGAGGGUGAGGGAAGUUCUUGCGGAUAUGUGGUGAAAAUAUGGCUAGCGAGAAUAGAGCUAAUCUAGGUAUGCUGGAAAUGACAUUCAUGUUCAAGGAUUCUGGUCCUAUGGGAGGACCUCAUGCAGUCACGUGCAUGUGGCAAAAGAGAGUUC